AUGCAUGGCGUCGAAAUCAGUGUGGCAAGAACGAAAAGUGGCAUGCGAGGCGCAGCUGAGUGUAUUAGGACCAACAUUACAAUGACAAAAAAAGCUCGUGUUUUAGAACGACUAGAACCAUAAAAUGACCCAUCUUCGAGACAGUUUGGUUACUGUCUGAUGAAAAGCAAAUGCGUUCAAUGAUCUUCAAAAGUCUUUUCAUCACGAAGAAUACUCAGUAGUAGUCGCGCUCACAAAACAAAGAAAGCUCACGAAAAACCAUAAUGCUUUGGGUCCUUCGUGAGCUUUUUUUAGGCUGAAUAUCCUUAUCUUUAUUUUCUUGAAUCAAAAGUCAGUGUAACAGCAGGAAAAUCACGAUUUGCCUAAUCAAUUUAGCCUACGGUGGUUUAUCAAUUCAAGGUAUAAAUUUUCGGAAAUUCCUUUUCCUUAGUUUUUCCAAGAUCUUAUCAUGUAUGCGGCACAACCAGCAUUGCAUUCACCACAGCGAAUGUUUCACUCACCACUACUCAAGCUCCUGCAACACAAAGUAUUUCAGCAGGUAUGGAACAAAUCUUUUCAUUAAUCUUCCUCUGAAUCAACAGCCCAAAGCUAUAGUCUCACUGUGUAACAGUCAUUUACCGAUUCAACCCACAUCUAUUUUAUCGGCGACAAGUGCAUGACUAGUCCAAGAGAAUAGUGCCCUUUCUAUGCAGUCAUCACAAUUUAGCCUCUCUGCAUUCACAAAUGCAUAUGAGUAAAAAAGUAAAGACCUUUCCUGUCAUGCAAGACUGUGUCACCCCGGUUUAAGACAAACAAAGGACCAAAAGACGAUAACGCAGUUACAAAUACAUUUUGUCAUUAGAUUAUACAUAAUGCAGACAACAAAGUAGAUAUACUCUUGAAAACAACGCAAAAAACCGAGCGUUACUUUCGCAUCAUAAAGUUGUCAUUUCCGUUGAUUUGUAAAUACUAGCUAAGAUAAUAAGGUUUUCCUAUCAUGUUAAGUCCAAUCUCUUCAUUUCAUUCUGUCUUUCGCAGCUUUAAAAGUGUUCCUUUCGGAGACUGCUUCAAUUUCCAAAAGCUCAACUCAAAGCCAUGUUCAGAACGCAACUGUAUUCUCAAGCCUCUCUGCUUUAAUCUUCCCAAGUUUGUCCAGUUUGUCGAUCACUGGAUCGCUGAGUACCACACGGAAAAGGAGUCCAACUCUAUCGCCACUAACUUCAUCAACGAGUAAGCGUGCAGUUGUCUCUUCGCCUGUCAGUAAGAAGAUUUCAGCGUCAAAGAGUAAGUUCAUAAUGUUUUUCUUCCUGUCAGUGAAAUUAAUGAGAUUAAUAUAGUGAGUCAAUAUCAAAAAAAGAGCCGAUUGAUUGUGUAUGUGUGUUCCUUUGGCCUUCCACGCUUUCUUUGUGGUAUCGUUCAUUAUUUUCAUUCCAAAUAACGCCUUUAUGCUCUUAAAUGACAUUGUUCUGAUGAAUCUAAUUAUCCACUCUAGCUGUUACGAGCUCCGCGAUGUCUGCGUCAAUCGGUAAGUUGCAUUCAUUCAUUGAUUUUCUUCUUUUCAAAUUUAGGGGAUCACAAUCUUGUUUCCUUCAGUAAAUAAGUUACGCAAACCUAGUUUAGGCUAUGGCCUCGGAUGGAACUUAAGACCUUUCUCACACUUUUUCCCAAAACUGAGACCUACCGGCCUGUGAAUAACAUAUGUAUAUAUAUAUAUAUAUAUAUAUAUAUAUAUAUAUAUAUAUAUAUAUAGAUAGAUAGAUAGAUAGAUAGAUAGCUAUACGAGAGACUUGUAGCCUAAAGGAUCAGUUGUUUCAUGGAAUACAAAACAAAUCGAUGAAUGAUAAAGUUCCUUUUGUUUUUAAUCCAAUCAUUCAAAUUUACCAAAAAUGUAGGUUUGAAGGAAAACAGGACCGUCACAGUUACCGGGUCACCACCAACAGGACCGGUUGAAACAAGCAACAAUGAUUGGAAAUGGGCUUUGAUUGGUGUCUGUUGUUUGGUGGUCAUUGUCACAGUUGCUGGGAUUGUAUAUUGGUAAGAUAUCGUCUGUAUCUAUCUAAUCGAUUCAUUCAUCUAAUUAUUUCUUAGAAAAAAGAAAUUCUGACUUCUUUUUCUAUAAUAAACUGUAAUUAACUUAUCAUACUUCGUUUCUUUUUUGGAGUUUGAUCAGUUACUUAGUUAAGACCAUUUCGCUACUGAUUGCACAAAUACAGUAGGAAACAAAAGUCAUCGUAAAUUUGCCUUUCUCCCUAAUCAUGUAGUUUAUUUAGCCCAGUCGAUGGUACCUGGUCUUAAUUUUUUUUUCAGACUUUCCACUGCAAAUACGUUAAUUCUAAUUAAUCGAUGAAGUAGAUCACCUCUUUUUAAAUUUGUUUAGAACGUUCACGUUGACCCCGAAUAUUAACUAAGAAAAACACCCGGGAAACAGCAAAUGCUUCUCGUCUUUAGCGAAAGAUUUGUCACCCUGAAAGCGAAUGAGCUUUUGUGAUGUACUCAACAAAUUAAAAAUGAACACCCGCCAAAACAAAAUCCACCAGAUGCGUUCAGUUGCAUAGCAAUAUGAUGUGUUGUUUGCAUUUCUCUUAACUUUAGGAGAAAUAAAAAGUCCCACGCGAAACUAUCGUCACAAGAUACAAACUCUCAAGUAGGAGUGGUUAUGAAAAGUCACCGUCUGCAGUCAGACGAGGAACAUGAAAAUGGCUCAGAGAACGAAAGUAAAUUGGAGUCUGUUUAGUUUAAUUAUCCGCUAAAAUAGGGUAAACUAAGAGGUACUCUUGUCUUAAAACCGAUUUAAUCCUCCUAAUCUGAAGCUAAAGGUGGUGAAAGGUUGGAAAGACGAUCACUGUAUAGGUAAACAAAGAAAGGAUAAAUUCAGCCUCUCCUGAACACCACUAAUAAGGUCUUAAUGAAGGGGUGGCUCUCAUGGCUAACGAUUAAAGUUUUGGUCAAUUAAUGGUUAACAGUUAAUAUCUUUCCAUUGUGUCACCAGAAAAAAAUUUUUAUAAUUAAAUUUUUUGCGACUAACGGUGAGUGAUUUUGCGUCUAAUAAAUGGUUAACAGUUAAUAUCUUUCCAUUGUGUCAACAGAAAAAGAAUUUUAUAAUUAAAUUUUUUGCGACUAACGGUGAAUGAUUUUACGCCUAACAGCUAAAUUUGUUUUGGCCGAUUUACGGCUAACGGUUAACCCCAGUGAGACUCUCCAAUAAGUUUUGGCUGCGAAUCUCACUUAAAAAGCCAUUUAGUAUUCUUCAACACGCGACUUGAACUCUUAAAAAUAUAAAGCUACUGAUGUUAUCGGUUACAUUUAUUUUGGGUGUGAUGUCAUCAGAAUUGAUGUAGCGUUCUGGAGCAUACUUCAUGAUCUUUUUCAUUCUGAUAGGACAUGAUUUGAGCUAAACUAGUACAAAGUUUUAUAAUUCAUUAUAAAAUUAAAGCGAUUCUCAGAAAUCCUUAAAAAUAUCUUCGAAGAAAUUAACAAAUGCCCUCUAAAGACAGCUAGACCUAAUUAAAUCCUUUUGCUGUUUUAUCUCUAAGAAAUAUGUUAAAUGAAAGCGUGUGCUUUAUUCGCUGCGGAAAGAGAGCAAUAUUACAAUUUCAAAUAAAUCAAAAGUAGCGUGAUGUAUUUUAAUUACAUUCUGUCAAGG